CCAUCUUUCUCUCUUUCUGAGGAUCAGUCAGAAAGCCAACUUUGCAGAGGCAAGAAAGCCCCGGCAGGAUCAGAUACUGGAGAGGAUUUGUCACUGAAAUUCAUCAGAUUCAUUAUGGACUCUAAUUAGCUCUUUUGGACUUCACUGAAGGGCAAAUUUCUCCAGUCAACAAUUCUGAGUUCUGGACUCUGCUGGUAUUUCACUGGACCUUAUUUUUGGACGGUAUUGGGCUGGAUUGGACCUUCUACCAGACUGCAUUGGUUUAUAUUAGUUUUAUAGAGUCUCUGGUGAAAUCUGUUUCACUGCAGCUGCAGUGCAGUGAUGAAUGGAGUUUGACUGACUCUGCACUGUCGGGCUGUUUGCCUAAAGGCUUGGGCAGGGUAAACUAAAGUGACCAGACAGUCAGUUUUGGACUCAAACCAGAUUAUUUAUUUAAGCACACAACCAGGGUCGACAAAGAGUCAAGAUUGGCAAGUUGCAGUUUGUUCAUUUAAGUGAGGCGGGUUAAAUUUGGGCCACGUUUGUUUGGACAAGAGGUCGGAAAAGAUAGUUACCAUCCUUUUCUCUGUUAUUUACUUUGACAGUAAGUUUGCAAUACUCAUUUGAAUGUUGUUCUAGUUUAAAACUCAUGUCUCGGUGGAGGAUGCAAAAGACCAUCGGGAGCAGCAGCAGCAGCAGCAUCAUGAGUCUCCUGUGUGUCCUGUGGCUGCUGACGGUCUGUCUGGCUCCUGGGGGCCAAGGCCAGAGGCUGAGGGAGACGGAGGGGGAGCAGCCUGACGCCAGGGCUCAGCUGGCGGAGAGAGAUGCACUCUGCCACCAGGAGGGAUGCUACACUGUCUUCCUCCAGAAGAGAACCUUCAGGGAGGCUGGGCGGAGCUGCAGAGAGCGAGGUGGGACCCUGGCGACCAUGCAUACCCACGAGGCAGCGGGUGUGGUCCAUGACCUGCUGUCGGCCAUGGAGUCACAGGGGACCAGGUUGAGGCUUCGCCUCUGGAUUGGGCUCCACAGACCUCCACGCCAGUGUUCAUCCACCCGACCACUCAGAGGAUUCGUCUGGGUCACAGGGGACCAGGAUGGCCAGUUCACCAACUGGCUCCGCGAAGACUCCCCUGGGACAUGCGCCGCCCCUCGCUGUGUGGCCAUGACUGUCCACACUUCCGAGAGUGGACGUGAGAGUAGCGACAACUUCGGGUGGCUCGAUGGCUCCUGCGCGCUGCCGUUGGAUGGAUACGUCUGCCAGUACAACUACAAAGGAAUGUGUCCACCACUGGAGGACGAGGGCCGAGGUCCAGCUGUUUACACCACCCCGUUUCACCUCGUCAGCACCCUGCUCACUCACGUGCCCUAUGGGUCGGUGGCAUCUCUACCAUGUCCUGCAGACAGCUCAGACCCGGACACCAACGCUGAGCAGACUGUACUGUGCAUGGAGAGGGAUGACGAGACAGUGGGCUGGUCCCGGGAUGCCCCACUCUGCUCCUCCAGUGCAGACCCAAAGAACCAGGACUGGUGUAGCGGGGACCAUGGGUGUGAGCAGUACUGCCAGAACACAGACACAGACUACUACUGCUACUGCGCUGAGGGCUUCACGAUAGAUGAGGAUGGGUACAGCUGCAAGCCCGACCCACUCAGCCAAACUGACCCCCCUCAGUUAUCCUCCGACUCUGCGGGUCCCGCUGACCAGCCCCACGUCAAAGACGUCUGUGUGGAGAUGGGCUGUGAGUACGACUGUGUGGAGACGCAGCGGGGCAUCCGCUGCACAUGCCCACCGGGCUACCAGAUGGGCCCAGAUGGCCGCAGAUGUUCUGAUGUCGAUGAAUGUCAGCAGCAGCCGUGCCCACAACUCUGUGUCAACAUCCCAGGCACCUUCCACUGCACCUGCCACUCCGGCUACCAGCCAGACGAUGAUGGUGAGUGUGUGGAUGUCGACGAGUGCCUCGACGAGGGCAGCUGUGAGGGCACUUGUGAAAACACAGUGGGCUCCUUCACAUGCCUCUGUAACCCCGGGUACGAGUUGGGCAGUGGAGGAGAGUGCGUUGAUGUAGAUGAGUGUGUGGGGGAGUCGCCCUGCCAGCAGCAGUGUCUGAAUUAUAUGGGUGGGUACCAGUGUUACUGUGACAAUGGCUAUGAUCUGCAGACAGAUGGACUUACCUGCCAACCUUCGCCAGACGAUGAAGAAUAUUCCACUCUGACCCCUGACCCCAGCGACUCCGCUCACAUACCUGAUAUGGACCCUGAUCAUGAUAUUCCAUGGUCCACUUCGUUCACCCCUGACCCGAACUUUGAAGCGGACACUAACUUUGAUGUUGACUGGCUUACGGAAGCCCCUGAAGCACUCUCACCAGACAUGGCUCAUGGGCGAGACAAUCACCUGAACCAAUGGGAUGCUCAGUCACCAAAGCGAUAUCAGACGGCACCACCCCCAACGCAAAAAUACAACACAGGCAACGAAAUUGAUAAUGACGCAAAGACAGGAGGUAGAGGAGCUAGUGGUGGGGUGGGAGCUGAGACUGCAAACGGGUCAGCCACUGGGACUGGGGAGGGAUCUAACAAGGAUCGUCUGGAGGAUUUCAACGACGCAGCAGACGUAGGAGAUGGAUCUGCGGCAGGUAAACGGAAACAUGACAAGAGCUGGUUGCUGGUUGCCCUGCUGGUGCCUCUUUGUGUAUUCCUUGUAGUAAUGCUGGCAUUGGGGAUUGUCUACUGCACUAGCUGUGCCGUGGACAAGAGCCUGAGCCUCUCAAACUGCUAUCGCUGGAUGCUCCCUGCAACGCCUCCUGACAGGAGGGACGGCAAAACCCAAGCAUGAACCCUAAAAUAAACAAAACGAAGAAGCACACGCACUCACACACAGAUGUGCUGAAGGUCCAUAUGUCUGUUAACAUUUCUCUAGUGGUGCAGGACUGGUCAUUGAAGGUACCAUUUGGAUAAAGUACAGCUGGCCGGACCCCCCCCCCCCCC